CAUGCGGUCUUCCGUAAGGUGAAUGACCUGGAAUGACCCGGAGGUCACAGCUGGCAUGGCGGCCGCUACACGUGUUUUGGCUUUGGUAUCGAGUUUUUGAGGCGAUUUUAGAGAGAAAUAAGCACAGAAAAACUCGCGAUGGCGGCUAAAAGUACGGAGAAGAGACCGGAGAACCGACAUCGGUUCAAGACAUUCUCUGAGAGGUUAUCUGAGGUCAACAUCGACGUGGUUCAUCGGAUCAGCCGGGUGCAGGACCCGCAGGACAUUGAUACACAUUUUGGAGAAGGAGUCCAGAAGUGGAAGGAGUUGAACUGUACACAACACUUCACCCAGUUCUAUAAGGAGGUUUGUCAGAAGUGCAGCACCUACACACAGGUGGUACAUCAUGAGGCUUUCCUUGUGGCCACCCUGAAAACCCACCUGCAGGUUCCUGAUAGCCUGGCUCUGCAGCCACUUCUGGACCUGGUAGUGCAGCUGGCACGAGACCUACAGACGGAUUUCUACCCUCACUUCGGAGAGUUUUUCCAGCUUCUGGUGCCGCUUCUAAACACUCAGGACACGGACCUGAUCGAGUGGACGUUCACCUGCCUGCUGUACCUGUUCAAGUUCCUCUGGAGACACCUGGUCAGGGACGUCACACAGGUAUACAGCCUGUUCUGUCCACUCCUAGGAAAGGACCACAAACCCCACAUCAGGAACUUUGCUGCCGAGAGUUUCGCCUUUCUCAUGAGGAAGGUGAGAGACCCAAGUGACUUCUUUGACUUCAUCUUCAGAGACUUGGCAGAAAACCCAGAUAGAAGUUCAGGUGUGGGUCGGCUGCUGUUUGAGAUGCUGAAGGGAGUCCAGAAACAGUUUCACUCCUGCACUGCUAAGGUUUUUCCCAUCAUGUUGUGCAAGCUGGGCCCGGCAGCCGCUGCCCAUGAGGAUGCUGGGAAGGUUGCGUUGCCAUGGCAACAGGUGCAGGAGGCGCUGGAGGACACGAUGCAGUCGAUGUCAGAGUUCACUAGCAGGGGUCAUGCAGGGGUCAUCUGGGAGGCCCUUAUUACUGCAUCCACAGAAGUCCACACCAGGUGGAGGGAAGACCAGACAGCCAGUCAGAAGAGCCACACAGCUGGUCACACAGACCACCUGCCCAACCAGCAGGACCAGACAGAUGGUCAGCAGGAUUACCAGACAGCUAACCACCAGGACCGGUUGCUGAGGCUGGUUCAGGUUUGGGUCCGCCACAAACACGGGGACCUCAUCACCAGUCCUGACAAACUGUGCCAGCUCCUAGUGAGUCUACUGUCUGACGGCCCCUAUCCCGGGGAAAGUGGUACGACCCUGCUGGAGCUGACCUCUGACCUCCUGCUAUCCCAGAAGUCCAGCCUCGAUGUGAUACAGAUCUCUAAACUUGUCACUUUGGUCCGUGACAGUGGUUACUCCAGACAGCAGGUGUUCUACUUCUUCAGGAGAAUCUUCAUCAUCAACAUGUUCCAAAAGGACAUCCUGCCAACCUUCCUGCACUACUGCAUCAGUGUGUGUGAGACAGGUGAUGAGACAGGUGAUGCAGGUGAUGAGACAGGUGAAGCAGGUGUGCUGCAGGUGCUGACUCAGCUGGUUCUGCUGAAGCGACCCCCACCUGACUCAGGUGCUACUUUGGCCACCUGGGACAGGUAUCCACUGGACUUCAAGGACAUCAAGAAAAGCAAAAGAAAAGGGCAGAGUUCAGUCAGCAACCAGCCGAAACCAGUCCAGUUGAUCCUGUCCCAACUCAAGGUUGUUCCAGUCCAGGAAAACUUGUGGAGACUCUGGGCAGCUCUCAUCUGUCUACCACAUGUCAGGGUCACAGAUAAAGACAACCUGUUCCAGCUGCUACAGGGGCUAACCCACCAACUCCACGGAGCAGCAAAGUCCAGUCCACAGUCAGAAGAGAAGUUUCUGUACCUGCUCUCCCAGGCUGUGUUUGCUCUACUGCACCACUGUCCACCCGAGCAGGGUCUCACACCACAGUGUUCUGGUCUCCUACUGGAGUUACUCAGGUCAGAUUACAACUUUGUUUCAAAGAUCAGUUAA